AGGCGACCCGUCCUGCGAAACGCCGAUUAUGUUGCGUGCAAUCCAGCACCCACGCCGACGCCCGCGCCGCUCUCCUAUCAACCACACCACAAGUCGGAUAUGGCCCUUCCGACCACUGGAGGCGGUGUUUCCGUGAAUUUUCACCUGUCGCAGGGCUACCGAGAGAGACCGCAGCCGGUCCAGCGACAAAUCAGCACCUCCUCCUCAACAGCGAGAUUGGCAAACGUGGAAAUGGUAGUUCGUCCACCGGCAGCCCUCGACUCUUCCAACCCUGCGAUGCGUGGAGGACCCAGUUUCCGACGGCUUCAAAGUCUUUACGGCAACAGUACUCCGACGCAGAAGCGCUAUCCUUCCGACAACACCCUGGAUAAAAUAUACCCUGCGGAAAGGGCGCAGCCCCAGUACAUUGCUCCUGGUCGGAAGGCUGGAACUGUAAAAAUCCAGGUGAGAAGCCGCAGUGCGCAGGCAAGUCCCGCAGCCAGCCCGGCGCACAGUCCUCGACAAGUUUUCAACCAGGGCUAUUCAGAUGACAGGGUACGCUCUCAGCGGACUAUUGUCCCGACGACGUUGAACCGAACUCAGUCAUCACCACCGAAGGCCGACCGGGGUCGACAUAUCUCCUCCAAUGCAGAUGAGAUUCAGCUGUUUGUGGAACACCUGCAUGCAACAGGACCACAAAUAUGUUUAAUGCUCUGCACCAUGCCUGUUACAUUUCAGGAUGACGAUGAGGAUUCUGAGGCGCUGCCCUCAGUGCGAGAAAUCAUUCGUCAAGUUGAGGAAAUGACACAGAAAAAUUGUAACAGCUCAAGCCUACCCCGACAGCCUAGCCAGGCUGACAACAGCCCAAACUCUCAGUCCCUAGGCCACAAGUCAAGAGCCUCUGGCCGAACCACGACACAGUACGAACAACAGAACAGCGUCCAGCGGCGUUCGUCCUCUCAGUCCUACCUGCAAUCCGAGCGUCAAAAUGCGAUAAACGAAUACCAGUAUCCGUCUAUGAAUGCGCAACAGGACGACUACGAUAAUCCCAUCGUCCCAAAUCCCGUAAGUUAG